UUCAUAGACAUAAAAAAAUAAAAAUAAAAAAAUAAAUAUUUGUUUGGAAACGAAGCAUCACCUAAAAUCCUCUCCAAAGAAUCGAUAACAUUCUCUGAUCAAGAAAAGAAGCGCCUGACAGCGUGUUGAAAGUAUGCUGGCCUGGUCCCGUUUUUUUCCUCCCUACCUUUUAAGAAACAUGGAGAAAUGGUACUUGAUGACAACUGUGGUCUUAAUAGGACUAACAGUACGGUGGACAGUAUCCCUUAAUUCUUAUUCAGGUGCUGGAAAACCCCCUAUGUUUGGUGAUUAUGAAGCUCAGAGACACUGGCAAGAAAUCACUUUCAAUUUACCGAUCAAACAAUGGUAUUUUAACAGCAGUGAUAACAAUUUACUGUAUUGGGGAUUGGAUUAUCCACCUCUUACAGCUUAUCAUAGUCUUUUAUGUGCAUAUGUGGCAAAGGUUAUAAAUCCAGACUGGAUUGCUCUCCAUACCUCACGUGGAUAUGAGAGUCAGGCACACAAGCUCUUCAUGCGUGCAACAGUGUUAGUUGCUGAUUUGCUGAUUUACAUACCUGCAGUGGUUUUGUACUGUUGCUGUUUAAAAGAAAUGUCAACUAAGAAACAGGUUGCUAAUGCAUUAUGCAUAUUGCUGUAUCCCGGCCUUAUUCUUAUUGACUACGGACAUUUUCAAUAUAAUUCUGUGAGUCUUGGCUUUGCUCUGUGGGGUAUUCUUGGAGUAUCUUGUCACUGGGACCUGCUAGGAUCACUGGCAUUUUGUUUAGCUAUAAAUUAUAAACAGAUGGAACUUUACCACUCCUUGCCAUUUUUUUGUUUUCUACUUGGCAAGUGUUUUAAAAAAGGCCUCAGAGGAAAAGGGUUCGUGCUGUUCAUUAAGCUGGCAUGUACUGUUGUGGCUUCCUUCGUUCUCUGCUGGUUGCCAUUUGUUACAGAAAAGGAGCAAACCCUGCAGGUUCUAAGGAGGCUCUUUCCAGUCGACCGUGGAUUAUUUGAGGAUAAAGUAGCCAAUAUUUGGUGUAGCCUAAGUGUCUUUCUGAAGAUCAAGAAUAUUUUGCCACAUCACACCCAGGUAAAGAUCAGUUUUUGUUUUACAUUUUUGAGCCUGCUUCCUGCAUGUGUAAAAUUAAUACUUCAGCCCUCUCCCAGAGGAUUCAGAUAUACUCUGGUUACCUGUGCACUAUCAUUCUUUUUAUUUUCUUUCCAAGUACAUGAAAAGUCCAUUCUCUUAGUAUCAUUACCUGUCUGCUUAGUUUUAAGUGAAAUUCCUUUUAUGUCUACUUGGUUUUUACUUGUGUCGACAUUUAGUAUGCUACCUCUUUUACUGAAGGAUGACCUUCUAAUGCCCACAAUUGUGACAGUGAUGGCAUUUUUUAUAGCUUGUGCAACGUCCUUUUCAAUAUUUGAAAAGACUUCAGAAGAAGAACUACAGUUGAAAUCCUUUUCCAUUUCUGUUAGGAAAUAUCUUCCAUGUUUUACAUUUCUUCCCAGAGUUAUCCAACAUUUGUUUCUUAUGUCAGUAAUCACUAUGGUCCUUCUGACAUUGAUGACUGUAACGCUGGAUCCUCCUCAGAAAUUCCCGGACUUAUUUUCUGUUUUGGUGUGUUUUGUAUCCUGCUUGAAAUUCCUGUUCUUCUUGGUUUACUUUAACAUUAUAAUCAUGUGGGAUUCCAAAAGUAGAAGAAAUCAGAAGAAAACCGACUAGCUCUAUCGCCAAAUGUGAAAAUGUUAACAGUGCUAAAAAGUUUUGUGAAGUUUUUGUUAUGUAUAAAUAAAAGGAUCAUUCUGAGUAUUAUGGAAUUAUAGGAAACAGUGAAAAGUCAUUUUUCUCUACACAAAUGAAAGUACUUGGGGACCAAAGCCCAAUGGAGGCUUUUAUUUUCUAUUCACUGGCCAAGACAUACUGGAAUUUUUUAAAAGAUAUAUUUUAUUGAUUUUUUACAGAGAGGAAGGAAGAGGGAUAGAGAGCUAGAAACAUCAAUGAGAGAGAAACAUCGACCAGCUGCCUCCUGCACACCCCCUACCAGGGAUGUGCCCGCAACCAAUGUACAUGCCCUUGACCGGAAUCGAACCCAGGACCUUUCAGUCCGCAGACCGACGCUCUAUCCACUGAGCCAAACCGGUUUCAGCUGGAAUCUUGUUAAUAUUCUGUUAUUUAAGUGGGAAAACAAAAAAUGCCCUUCAUCCCAGUAUUUAUUUAGAAAAUGUACUCUAUAAUUUGUCUUGAAAAAAAUCUACAAAUACAGCAAGUUUAAUGGAGGAAUUUAGCGCUCCCCGCCCUCCCUUUUUAAAAGGAAAUUCCUAAUUUUGUUAUUUAAAUGUAAUUUUCUUGCCCUGGCCGGGUAGCUCAGUUGGUUAGUGUCAUCCCAGUAUACCAAGGUUGUGGGUUCGAUUCCCAAUCAGGGCACAUAUAAGAAUCAACUUGUGAAUGCAUAAAUAAGUGGAACAACAAGUUGAUGUUUCUCUUUUCCCCUUCACCUCUUUUUAAAAUAAAUAAAUAUUAAAAAAAGUUUUCUUUACAUUUUAGAAUGCAAGUAAUGUGUAUUUCAUUCUUCACAUGUGCAAAUUUGAAUUUUUUUUAACAAGGCAGGAAGAGUAAACUGUUAUUUAUUUCCAAGAAUGUUCAUUUACUUGAAUGUAAUUAAACAAUGAAUUUUCCUGAAUUUAAGUCUAAGUGGUUUGAGUGAAGUCUUUUUAUUUCUCAUGAGCACUAGGUUCUAAGCUUUGAGGAUCACUUUAAGUUAAAUGCUCUAAUG